AUGUCUUCUCUGAGUAAGUGUUUCUACGAAGCUUCGGUCGGAAAGACCUGUCGUGACCUUUGGCAUCCGGGGUUCGCCAAAUGUCGCCAUUAUAUUUUUGACUUAUGGAAGCGAAUUUUACCCGGUAGCUUUAAGCUAUACGUUCCGUUACUGGUGCUUCCACCGCUCGUCAAAUCUGAUGGAGUUACUAGAUCCUAUCUGGUAAAUCACUUUCUUGAAUACGUAUACAUUUCCGUGGCGACCUACGUCCAGGCGGCACUGUCUUUGACGUUUCAAUGCGGAUUCUCAAACCUUUUCGGAUAUCUGAACUAUUGGUGUGUUAUGUUCUGGCCGUGUCUACUGGGUGUCGCUGUAGGUCCUAGGCUGCCUCAGCAGCAUCUAAGAUUGCAAGGGAUUACGUUUUUCAACAUGAUGGUGGAAACGAUGAUUCGUAAAAGUCGCAUCAAUGUCAUCCAGCAUCUCAGAAACUCGAAGGUUUUCGGAACAUUAAGUUUUAUGCUAUUGAGUGUGGUUAUCAUGCCGAAACUUAACUCUGGAGUUGUGAAACAGUUUUGGUUAAUCAAUCCGGUACCGCAACCGAACGCCGAAAAAGGACACUGUAGUCACAAAAACUCCUGCCGGCAUCAUCUACUGGAUGGAAUGUUGAAGUAUGCCACCGUUGGACUCAUACUCGAAUCUGUCCGGGCACUGAUCAACAAAUUUGCACUGCUAAUGUCCAACCGGUCCCAAUUUAUGACGGAGUUUGUUCAAAUUUGUAGCACCAGGUUGGGUCUGUUUUUGGCUUUCUAUGUUGGUAUUUAUAGACUGACGACCUGUCUGAUGACACGGCACCGACUGGAGGACGACGGUCCCCUGCAGUCGAUGUUGGCGGGUUUCCUAGCUGGAAGUGCCUACUGGGUUUAUCCAAAAUAUCAGGUUUACACGUUGGCGUUCACCAAGGCAAUUGAGAUUUCAUGGGAGUACUGGAUUAAAACUGGACGAAACAUUCCGCCGUUGGUGAAACGAUUCAACCAACUCUCGCUGGUUUACUUUGCCCAAAUGAUUGCCUUCGGAUACCUUGGUCACAUUUACGCAUUCCAUCCGCAACUAUCACCACCGUUCCACAUCAAAGCGAUGGGAUUUUGCUCCAAGGACCUCACAUGGAACAUGCGCCGUACCCUGAUCGGUUGGAUAAUCGGAAACGGUUUCUAGAA